GCUUCGUACGAUGCGUGAGAAACACAAGCUGACAUUAUUUCAAAUUGUGUUACUCUACAGCCUGAUAGUGCGAACGCAAGUCCCACGUCCAUCUUACAGUUCAGUGUUUCCAUAUUGCAAAAUCAACAAAAUCGAAAGUCCUCAUCCCUACGUAACACUAUCUGCUCCCCCGAAUACUGCGCACAGUCUACACAUCCAGGAACAUGGAGCGACCUACCAAGCGAGCUCGGUUCGCCUUGCCAGUAGAGCCCGAUGAAGACGGCGGGGACGACAUUGAUAUCCACGAAGCGCGGGCCCAGAACGACCAACGUCUCAAGUCGAUCUUCGAGGGAAUCUUCGAAAAAUACGGCAAGGAUUUCACAGACGUUGGCGAUGAGAUUGAUCUUCAGACGGGCAAAAUCAUCGUGAACAAUGGCCACAUCCAAGAACUAGAGGAGGAAGGGGAAGAGGAUCCCGAAGCAGCCACCACUUCGGGCUGGCGACAAUUUGAGCGAGAGCGUUCUAUUGCUUCGGACGGAAAGGUUGAUCAGCACUCGUCUACCGCGUUGUCUAUUGAGGAGACUAGCAGUGAUUUGGCUGGGGCUGCGGGAAUGGACGGUAAUCGGAACAGUGAUUCACGAACUCACUCUCCCGCGUUGUCGAUCCCGGAGCCGCAGUCCGGACCGGCGUUCCUGCACCAUCAUCACCAGACAGCUUGGGAAGAAGAGGCCUCGGAUGCACCCAAUGAGGUCGAUGACGAUGAAGCAAGUGUGGACUCUUUGCUGGAUAACACGCUGCGCAUCGAAAGCAUUCUCCCAGAGCAACGCGCCGGCGCCGAGACCGAUACGACCACUGGCCGGCUUGGGAUGGGAAAAGCAAAACCUGCGGCUGAAGCGCCCGCCCAAUCCCACGGCCAGAGACGCAGCCAAGUGGCGGAGGAGCUAUGGCGGGUGCCCGAAAUCGACGCGAGCUUCUCCACGCCGACAUGGAAUAGGUCACGACCUACCCCAGCGGCGUCCACGGUGAAUCGCGUUCGCUCGCAGUCUCCACCGGGAGCUGGCUCCCUCUGGUCCGUACCUGCAACGUCGCGACGAGGCCCUCGUAGGGAUCACCACGCAAGGAUCACGAAAAGCAGACCGCAGCAGAGAACCACCCAGUCGAGCCCCGUCGUCUGCGACUGGUCCUUUGCAGAAACUCCCGAUGGAGAUGAGUCUGACGACCCAUUGCAGGAGAACUACGAGCCGUCCCCAACACCCAAACGGAGCAUCCAUGUCCGCAGGCAGACGGCCGUGGAAGCUCAAUCAUCGCAUCCUUUGAACUAUCAAUGCGCGGAUUGCAAACAGGUUUUCGUACGGGGCGGGUACAUCACCCAUCUCAAGGCAAUUGCCUCUAGACCGUUUGACGGCCAGCACGAUCGGUCGGAAGUUGCUCGCCGACUUGAGGAUUUGACAAACGAACCCGCGUCAAAGUCGCCGGCCAAAACAACAGCAUCAGCCACAUCAAGCAUUCUUAUUGGUUCUGUAAAGAGGACAGCUCAGUCGCGCGCAAAUGAUCUACGGGAUAACGACGCUACUCCUACGAAGAAACGUGCUCGAAAUGUCAUCCAGCCGGACGAAGCGAGAUUAAUCAUCACAAUGAGACAAGUACAGGGGAAGAAAUGGAGUGAAAUCCUCGACUGCCUUCCACACACGAAACUAACAUCGCUGAUCCAAUGGAAUUGCAAACAUUGGAGUGAUCGUCGGGCGAAUCCACCCUUAUUGUCUAAGCCGUGGUCCAAAGCCGAGCGAGCGAUCCUAAGCAAGUUUGUAGAGCAAGAAGGCCUAAGCUGGACCACAAUCCGCGAAAAACUACCUGGCCGGCCUCACGCUGGGAUUGAGUUCGAGCUGUUACAGCUCUGGGCUGGCAAGGAUGCAUUGUGACAGUGUCCAGCAGCCAGAAUGACUGGACGGAAAGCUCAAUCGGUUCCGACGAAUCGAAUCACAGAUGAACGGCAACUGAGUCAGGGCGCCGAUUCUGACAUGCAGUCCGUCAGCGGGUCCGAUCGGCCACAGCAUGUUAACUUCCAGAUCCCGGCAUUCGUGUCCGGACCCACUAGGUCCAGCCGAAGCGAGGGAUUGUGUUUGAUAUCAUCGCCC